AUGUUCUCGUGGGCCCGUAGCAAGCAGUCCUCACCCGCCUCCUCCUCCGGCCGCCGCGGCGGGGACGCCGCCGCCGCCGCCAUGGACUCCGGCAGCAGCCGCCGCAGCGGCGGCGGGAGCGGGCACGGGAGCGGCCACGGCAGCGGGAGUGGGAGCGGGAGCGGGAGCCGCGGACGCAGCCCGCGGCUGGAGCGGCGCAACGCGGCGAAGCACAUCGACUACGAGGUGGGCGCGGCGGCGACGUCCGUGUCCGCCUCGUGGUCGACCUCGUCGUCGGAGCGCUCGCCGGGGGCCCGGCCGACGCGCUCGCUCGACCUCGCGGCCAGGGGCGGCCGCGCGGACUUCCGCAUCAACGGCAGCGCGGAGGGGGAGGUCGACGAGCUCUGCCGCAGCCUGGGGCUGUCGGGGCCCGAGGACUUCGCCAUCCCCGUCGCCGCCUGGGAGGCCCGCAAGGCGCGCUCCAGCUCCGACCUCCUCGCCCGCCCCCGCCCGGACCCGGACUCGUCGGCUCCUCCCGGGGAGGAGCCCGCCCCCGUCGUCCGCACCGUCUCCGCCCCCGAGGUCCCGUGGCCCGCGCCUCACUCCUUCCCCGACCCCAUUCCCGAGGAGUCCAUCCACUCCUCCUCCGCUUCCACCGCCACUGCCACUGACUCGGUGGACGAACCCAUCAUCGCGCCGCCGGAGGAAUCCCCCAAAGCUACCCGUGCGGUUGCUGUUGCGGCGCCCGUCGCGGCCUUGUCACUUCCCUCGCCGAGAAGGGGCGGCGGGGAGGUCGGGAUCCGGGGCGUCCGGCCGCCAGUGCUCUCCCCGCCUCCGCCGAUCACGGGACUCGCGCCGCCACCGGCGAGGCAGUCGUCUGUGGCUGAGAUCAUGAGCGGGUCGGCCUGGGACAUUGUGAACUCGUUCGCUCCCACGGAGGAGAAUAGUGAACUGAGAAUGGCCUAUGGACAUGCUGAAACAUCUCACAUGUCAGACACAGAGGAGGAUAAUCCUGAGGAGAACGAUGAAGGAUUGACGGGGCUUGAGGGGGAGCUUAAAGGCUGGAGGGUAGGGGAGACCUUUGAAGGGUUCACCGGGACAUCCUCAUUGUCGACAACAAAUGAUGAUGAUGCAUCUAGCACGAAUACAGAGGCCGUGUUCGUCAUCUCGCCGAAUGGCAAGUUCAAGCGGAACAUCAAGUCAUGGAUGCGUGGUGCACUUCUGGGAAGUGGCUCAUUCGGGAUGGUGUACGAAGGGAUCAGUGAUGAAGGUGCGUUCUUUGCUGUUAAGGAAGUAUCGUUGCUUGACCAAGGAAGCAAUGCACAGCAAUCUAUUCUUUCACUUGAACAGGAAAUCGCUCUCCUUAGUCAGUUUGAACAUGAAAACAUAGUCCAGUAUUAUGGAACUGACAAGGAAGAAUCAAAACUCUACAUUUUUAUUGAGCUUGUUACACAAGGUUCUCUUUCAUCCCUCUAUCAAAAGUAUAAACUGCGAGACUCACAAGUCUCUGCGUACACAAGGCAGAUUCUCAAUGGAUUGGUUUAUCUCCAUGAGAGGAAUGUGGUCCACAGAGAUAUCAAAUGCGCCAAUAUAUUGGUUCAUGCAAAUGGAUCGGUAAAACUUGCAGAUUUUGGGUUGGCAAAGGAGAUGUCUAAAAUUAAUAUGCUGAGAUCAUGCAAAGGAAGUGUUUAUUGGAUGGCACCUGAGGUUGUUAAUCCUAGAAAAACAUAUGGGCCUGCAGCUGAUAUGUGGAGCUUGGGCUGCACUGUGUUGGAAAUGCUAACCCGCCAAAUACCAUAUCCCAAUGUCGAGUGGACAAAUGCUUUCUUUAUGAUUGGCAAAGGAGAACAACCACCCAUUCCCAGCCACUUGUCAGCAGAAGCUCAAGAUUUCAUACGCCAAUGUGUACGAGUCGAUCCAGACGAGCGACCUUCCGCAUCACAACUUUUGGCGCACCCAUUUGUUAACCGGCCACUUCGAGCUUCUUUUGAUUCUUUGUCUCCUCCGAUCAAUAGGCCCUAG